ACACAGAAACCUAGUUGCUCAAAACAAUAAAAAAGAAAUUUUUUUUUUUUUGGGCUGAAACAGCAAAAAAGAAGUUGAGAUGGCCCUUUUAUUCCCAAUGAAUUUAGCAAAAUUUGCUUCUUUUCUUAUCACUUUAUUUGUUAUUUUGGUAGCAGGAGAUUGUAUUCGUGUUAUUUGUAGAAUUCCACUAUGUCCUAAAACAAGUCCGCCCUUGCCUAUUGAAACUGUUUUCCAGCUACCCUCUUCAUUACCAGUUUGGCCAUCAGGAACAGGAUUUGCAACUUCAUCUGUGAGUCUGGGAGAUUUACGAGUGUCUGAAGCAAUAGAGUUCGAGGUAGUAUGGAGGACUCGUUCAGGUGGUCCAGACAACCUUGGAGCAACAUUCUUUGAACCUUCAACAAUUGAUAUAGCACAAGGAUACGCUGUGCUAGGUUACUAUAGCCAACCCAACAACAAGCGUUUCAGUGGACGAAGUGUUGUAGCCUACGAUGACCUAAAUGGAAAUAUAAAGGCUCCAGUGGAUUACAUUUCUCUGUGGAACAGCUUGUCAUUCGAAAUCGAUCAAGAUGGAAUUGGUUUUAUCUGGUUGCCAAAAUGCCCAGAUGGUUACAAAGCCUUAGGGCAUGUUGUGACAAACUCAACUCAGAAGCCAUCCCCAGAUAAAAUUAGGUGUGUUAAAUCUGAGCUCACCGAGCAAUGUGAGCAUUACAAGUGGAUUUGGGGUGCUAAAGGUUUUAAUGUUUAUACUACAAGGCCUAGCAAUAGAGGGACCCAAGCUAUGGGAGUUCAUUUGGGUUCAUUUGUUGCCCAAGUUGGUGGGAUUAUGUCUGAUAUAGCUUGCUUGAAGAAUACCAAAUCUGAUUUAUCUGCUAUGCCUACUCUAGACCAACUUAAGCCAUUAAUUGAUGCCUACGCUCCAUGGGUAUACUUUCAUCCUGAUGAAAAAUACUUGCCUGCUACAGUGGAAUUUUUUUUUGAGAAUGGGGGACUAUUAUAUAAGAAGGGGGACGAGGCAAAUCCUGUUCCGAUUAUGCCUGACGGCUCAAACCUUCCUCAAGGUGGUUCAGAUGAUGGUGCCUAUUGGUUGGAUGUACCAGCUGACUCAGACGCCAGAGACAAGAUUGAGAGAGGAGAUUUAGCAAGUGCUAAGGUUUAUGUGCAUGUAAAGCCCAUGUUUGGUGCUACAUUCACUGACAUAGUUAUAUGGAUUUAUUAUCCAUUUAAUGGCCCUGCCACGAUAAAGUUUAAAACUUUCAAUAUUAAAUUCGAUCACUUAGGUGAACAUACUGGUGAUUGGGAGCAUGUAACCUUGAGAGUCAACAAUUUCAAUGGAGAGCUAAAGAGUAUCUAUUUCUCUGAACAUAGUGGGGGUACAUGGGUGGAUGCUACAGAUAUCGAGUUUCAAGAUCGUAACAAGGCUGCUGUGUAUGCAUCAAAGCAUGGACAUGCAUUUUAUUCAAAGCCUGGACUUGUUUUGGAUGGGAGUGAUGAAAUUGGAUUAAGGAAUGAUUGUGAAAAGGCUGAUUUGUACUUGGAUACUGGAUUUAGUUAUACACUGGUGUCAGCCGAGUAUUUGGGCACAGCAGUUGUUGAGCCACCUUGGAUCAACUAUAGUAGAAAAUGGGGUCCACGAGCUGCUAUUUAUUUUCAGGAUGAGUUUGAGAAGAUUAUGAAAAGACUACCUAAGUUUCUUAGAGGUCCUUUCAAGAGAGUUUUCUACAGAUUACCAAUUAAAAUAAUGGAGGAGGAAGGACCCACAUCGAUCAAGGUCAAGAGCAGUUGGAAUGGAGAUGAAAUUUUAUAGUCUAUAUUUGUUAUGACUUUCAUUUUUAUUUUUUUCAACAGAUUGCCAAUAAAUAAAAUAAUGGCAAGCGAUGUAAG